CGCGCCAUCGUCUCGACGUAGUAUCCGCUCUCUUCGUGCACACGCCGCGCGACCACCACGCACACGCUGCACCCGGAAGAGAAAGACGCGAGAGACGACCGCGCGACCACGACCACCACAGCCAGCGCACCCGGGACGAGACGAGGAUCCGCGUCCGAUGGCCGACAGUCGGCGGACCACGUUCGACCACUACUGCUGUUGCGGUCCACUACUGAACGCCGCCGUCGUUGUUCAUCUCAUCACCGUUGUACGCGAGUGUGCCGCCGAUCAAACCGCGUAACCGUCGACCGCGCGUGUGUAUGUGCGUACAAGUGUUUUUCUUUUCCUCUCUUUUUCCCGCUUCCUACCCGUCCGCUUUCCUUCGUCGGCCCUUCGCGAAAGUCACCGCCGUCGUUUCGCCGUACGACAACCGCACAGGUACACGGGCGGAGGAGACUCUCGAUCGCGCGACUACGGUCUCGUCGGGUCGCAGUGCACACGGCCGUGUCGACCGGUUGCGCGAAAAACCGUUGAACGAUUAAUAUUUAGUACAUUCGUCGGCGGGACGGUGCGGUGCGUACCCGCGUACGGUCUGCAGCGGCGAACGAGAUCCGUGUCGCCCACGGUUCGGUAAAAUGAUGCUGAAAAACGCCGAGGCUGACCUGCGACCCGGCAAACAGCAGCAGCUCAUGUUGGGCGCGUUCGGCGGCCCGCAAAUGUUGGCCGAUGCGUUGCACGCGGCCACGGCCGCCGACGACGAUGACGACGAGGACGACUGCGGCGGCGACCGCAAGGAUGACAUGUACGCGGCCAUGGCCAUGAAGGACUCACCCGCGGCCGCGGCUGGGCUGCAGGACGGCAACGGGUUUUGGAUGGCUGCCGUGUCUGCGGCCGGGCCGCAGAUGGACCACCACGCGGCCGACUACCAGCCCACCCCCGUUCCGGACUACAUGAUGCACCAUGUUAUGGGUGCCGGUGGCGGUAACGAGAAUGUGUCGCCCGUCGACCAGCAACACCAACAGCAGCACCAUCAGGCCGCCGCGGCCGCGGCCGCUGCCGCCGCCAUGUAUCAGAUGCAAACGGACCAACAGGGCGGCGGUGGUGGCGGCGUCGGAGGUGGUGGUGCCGGUGGAGGUGGUGGACAGCAAGAGUAUCCUUGGAUGAAGGAGAAAAAGACCACGAGGAAGAAUAACCAUCAAGGAGUGCGUAAAACGUGUUUAUUCGAUGAAAGACAAAACGGUUUACCCAGGAGACUUCGCACCGCGUACACUAACACCCAGCUGCUGGAACUGGAGAAAGAGUUUCAUUUCAGCAAGUAUCUGUGUCGACCCAGGAGAAUAGAAAUCGCCGCUUCUCUGGACCUCACCGAGAGACAGGUGAAAGUGUGGUUUCAAAACAGGCGAAUGAAACACAAGCGGCAGACGAUCAACAAGCAGGGCGAGGAUGGUGACGACAAGGACUCGCAGAGCUCGGGCACGACGACCGGCAAGCAGCACGGCAAGUCAUCAGGCGGCGGGGGUGGCGGAGCCGGGGACAAGCACCAGAUGGACGACAAGAAGAGUUGCCAGAACUGCGACCUGCCACCCGGCAUCAUGAUGGACCACGUGACCGGCCGGAACAGCAGCGGGGCAGGGAGCAGCGGGGGCAGCGUCAGCUCGUUCGACACCAAGAUGGAGGACGACUCGCGGUCCAACGAGGGCAUCAUGCACAUGGCCGCGGUUAAGCGGGAGCCGAUGGCGGGUUGCAAGUCGGAACAGUCGAACGGUGGUAAGAAAUCCGCGGCGGUGACGACUGGCGUCAUGUGCCCAAAGGACCCGAUAAGGCUGAUGCCGGACAUCUCGCCGGAAGUGGGCAAGUCACUCAAAGGCGGUGGCACGUCCGUGGGCAGCCUCACGCCGUCCACUCCGGACACGCCGUCCACCGCGUUGUCCAGUCCAUUAGGCACUGCCACGGCCAUGUACCAGCAGCAGCAGCAGCAGCAACAGCAGCAACAGCAGCUCGAACACUCGGUACCGACUCCACCCACCACGUCCGUGGUCGGCGCUGCGGGGCAAGCGGCCAAGUCGCCGUACUCGAGGGUCGCGGCCGCCGACGGAUACGGCAGGCAGCAGUACAACAAACAGAACAGUUUCGCCAACAAGCCGGACGGCUGUUACUUGUCGCAGUACCCGGCCGCCGCCACCGCCGCGCAAAGUCGUUGGUACAUGUCACCGGAGACGUCGUCGCCACCGUCGUCCGUUUCGUCAUUCAAGUCCAAGUCCGGAGCGGCCGUCCAGAGCUCCGUUCAGAGAGGGGUGCAGCAACAACAGUCCGGUACCGGCCACUGCCGCGGUCAGCAGUACCAGGGUUACGGACCGCAUCAGCAACAGCAGCAGCAGCAGUAUUGCAACGGUUACAACGGUUAUCAGACGGCCGGCGCCGGCGGCGGUACCGGUGAGGCUUAUCAGCAAGCCUCGGCCACUAUCGUUCCGCCCACUGUCGGUUACCACCACCGUCAAGCGUACCAACAGCACCAGCCCACCGGUGGUUACGGCGGCAUGGGUGGCACCGCCGGUGGUGACGAUUAUCAUCACCAUCAUCUGAGCUAUACCGGCACGUACCAGGCGACCGGUCAAGGGUACGCGGCCAACGCGCACCAUAUGGUCGGCACCGGACAUCACCAACAACAGCAGCACCACCAGCAGCACCAAAACCACUCGGGGUCGCUGUACAACAUGGACUAUCACCAUCAGCAGUCGCUUCACCAACAGUCGCACCAUCAACAGCACCAGCAACACCAGCAGCAGCAGCAGCAACACCAGCAACACCAGCAACACCAGCAGCAGCAGCAGCAGCAGCAGCAGCUCAGGUACAACAAAUCGGCUACGACCCCGGGCCAGUAUUACGUGGACCCCGUGGCCGCGGGUGGCACCGGCACCGGGGUCGUCGUGGCCGCGGUGCCCGAGCUGGAUGCCGCGUUCGUGGACCAGUUCCACGCGCACGGCUCGUCCGUGACCAUGACGCCACCGAAUAGCGUGCGGGUGACCGCGGCCGCCGACUCGUCCGGCGACCACUUCAACAGCUUCCAUCAUUUCUACAACGGUGCGGGGACGGUAGUGACGACCGGCUCCGGCACCGGCGCCGGCGAACAACACUGUCACCAGCAGACGUCGUCGCUGCACCAACAGCACCACCAUCAACAGCACCAGCAGCAGCCGAACGCCGUGGCCGCGGCUGUCGUGGCCCCCAUUACCGGGAACGCAGCAGCGGUGGCCGCGGCGGCCGUCAUGGCGCACCAUCCGCAGCAGCAGCAGCCGCCGGUGCCGGUGCCGCCGCCGCACGUCCAUCACCACGGCGGCGUGCACGACAACAGCAACAGCUCGUCCGAUUUCAACUUUCUCAGCAACUUGGCCAACGAGUUCGCACCCGAGUACUAUCAGCUCAGCUGAGAUUCGCUCUACUACUAACACGCCGAUGUCAGUACGCGCGUUCGUUCCAAGAUGAUAUUAUCAUCAUCAUCAUCAUCAUUAUUAUUAUUAUUAUUAUUAUUAUUGUUUAGUUAUUUUUACUGUAAUUACUAUUAUUUUUAUGAACUUGUAUUAGGUUUUAUUCCGUUCCGGUUUUGGUUUUUAGCGUCGUUGCUUUUACGAUUAUUUUCUCUUUCUUUUCUUUUCGUAGAUGAUCGGGUCGAUCAGCCGAUUUUCUUCGAUGUCGAUACGGUUCACGUGGACUUUUCGCGGAAUACCUUCGUGAACUCCAAACGGUUUCUUAUAACUCAGCACAAUUGCAGUUCGAUGAUACUCACUAGCGCGAGUACGCGCCUCCUAUACGCUCCUAUACAUAAAUAAAUACGCAACAUUGGCGAAACUGUCAACGCUUUAUCGAAACUUACCGUUUUUAAUGCGACGGCGGACAAGAAAACACGUAUAAUGGUUGGUUUGAAGUAGAGUACAAUCUUCGUGAUAGAAUCGAAACCGAGCGAGCGCUUUCUGUUCGGGCAGAAAGAAAUACAUUGAUUUCGCGGUAAGUCCGCACGUGUUUGUUAACCGAUCGUUGGUCGCGCCACUCUCCUCGUUUCGGUGCCGUAUUCGCUCCGAUUGCGCGUUCAAAACGUAUUUAAAUAUUAUAUUGUUUUUAUGUUAACUAUAUUUUUAAUUUUUUUUUUUUCAGAUCGUUACGUUU